UUUCCCCUCCACAAAGUAAAAAGAGAGUCACACAUGAACCGAGAGAGAGAGAGAGAAAGAAAGAAAGUAAAUUUAUAGAGGGAGAGGGUGGGUGAUUUUUACUGGAUUCAAGAUCUAUAGCUGAUUGCCUGGUUAUCGAUUAUCGCUUUGAAUCUCUCUUAAGAAGAUUUGUAUGAGUCAACUUUGUGUGAGAGAGAGAGAGUUAAGCAUUUUAAUGACUCAAACCACUUGUGUUCAUGAAUGAAACAACCAAAGGAUUCAACCUUUUCAUCUGGGUGUUGAUGAUUCAGUUCAAUUACUCUAAUCGGGGAACUUGGUCGUUGAUUUUGGUGGAUUUAGUGAAUUGGGUCUCUGCUUUUAAUAGCAGACAGACUCAAGGGGUUGAAUAAUUUUCUAUGGAGCACAAUGUGGCAGCUUUGCACACAGCUAUAAACUCUGUACAGGCAUUAGGGAGAGGUUUUGAUGUGAACUUUGAUACAAGGUUGCUUUAUUGUAAAGGAGUGGCUGGGUUUAGAGUGGUUGAAGUUGAUGAAGAACACAGUAGGGAUCUUUUGUUGUAUGAAAAAGUAGUUGUGCCCAAUGUUCCCAAGGACAUCACGAACUCUCAGGAGAACAUUGGCCGUCAGAGGUCCGAUGUUUGCACUUUUGAUGUGAUGGUGGAGAAUUUUAAUCAAAAGGCUAAUCUACCUGGAGGUUUUCCUCUUGGUAGUUUUAAUUCUGCAUUUAGCUUCACCGGUUCAAAGCAUAUUGAUGUUGCAGCGACAAAGACUCUUACUAUGGAUGGCUAUUAUUUUCCACUUGCCAAGGUUCAGCUUACAAAAACCCCAUUAGUUUUGCAUGAAAAUGUCAAACGGGCAGUUCCAACUUGUUGGGACCCUUCAUCUCUGGCUAGCUUUAUUGAAAAUUUUGGGACACAUGUCAUUACAUCCGUAACCAUUGGUGGUAAAGAUGUGAUCUAUGUUAAACAACAUCAGUCUUCUCCUUUGUCAACCAUGGAGAUUAAAAAAUAUGUUCAGGAUAUUGGAAAUCACAGGUUUUCUGACACACACAGCCAUACAAGCUCAGGUCAAAUGAAAUUGAAGGAUAAGGGUGUUGAUCCUGGCUUGUUCAACAGCCAAGGGAUAUAUCCUCAACCCAUUGCUGCACCAUAUGUUACUGGGAGAGAAGAUGUCACAGUCAUCUUCCGGAGGAGGGGAGGAGACGAUCUGGAACAAAACCACACCCAAUGGACCAGAACUGUCCCCUGUUCUCCAGAUGUCAUUGAGAUGACGUUUUUUCCCAUAACAGCUCUCCUUGAUGGGGUGGCAGGAAAGGAGUACCUGACUCGUGCAAUUGGUCUCUAUCUUGAAUAUAAGCCUCCUGUUGAAGAAUUGAGAUAUUUCCUGGAGUUUCAGAUUCCUCGGAUAUGGGCCCCUGUAUAUGACAGGAUUGCUGGCCACCAAAGGAAAGAACCUGUUUGCCCAUCUUUGCAAUUCAGCAUAAUGGGGCAAAAACUUUAUGUCAGCCAAGAGCAGAUAUCAGUUGGACGUAAACCAGUAACGGGCUUGCGAUUAUGUCUAGAAGGAAGCAAGAAAAAUCGCCUGUGUAUCCAUCUUCAACACUUAUUGUCUCUUCCAAAGAUCCUUCAGCCAUACUGGGACACCCAUAUACCUAUUGGUGCUCCCAAGUGGCAGGGACCUGAGGAGCAAGAUAGCCGAUGGUUUGAGCCAGUAAAAUGGAAAAACUUUUCUCAUGUGAGCACUGCACCAAUUGAGAACCCUGAAACCCUCAUAGGUGACCUCUCUGGUGUUUACGUAGUCACUGGAGCACAGCUUGGUGUGUGGGAUUUUGGGUCAAGAAAUGUCUUGUACAUGAAGCUUCUGUAUUCUAGGCUGCCUGGCUGUACAAUACGGAGAUCCUUGUGGGACCAUGCGCCGAGUGAUAAGACAAGGAAAGUGGUGUCUAUCAAUGGUAAUGCCAAUACAAGUGACUCGAGUUCACAUUCAAGUGAAAACUUAGUGGGGAGCAAGUUGGUGAAGUUUGUUGAUAUGAUCGAGAUGAGCAAGGGGCCACAAAAUCCUCCAGGUCAUUGGUUGGUUACUGGAGGAAAGCUUGGUGUAGAGAAAGGGAAAAUUGUUUUGAGAGUGAAAUACUCCUUGCUAAAUUACUGAGCUUUACUCAUUACUGUAUGGUUUUUGUAUGAUGAUGUGCAGUGCUGGCUUUUGUUAGGUAUAUAUGGCGCUUUUUGAUGAGUA